AGUCCAGAGCAUGAGGCCUUGAAUCACACCAAUAUCCUGAAACUGUUCGAGGUGGUUGAGACCCAGGAGACACUCUUCCUGGUCAUGGGGUACAUCACCGGAGGAGAGAUGUUUGACUCCGUGCUGGACCCCGGCCGCCUGGAAGAGAAAGAGGCCUCGGCAGAUUCCUCCAGGUGGUGUCCGCUGGGCAGGACUGGUGUGCAGCCACCGGGGGGCGCUGUCCACAGGCCCUGAAGCCUCAGAACCUGCUUUAGGACGUUGACCUGCACAAGAGAGACGGCAGACUGUGGCUUCAGCAGUGCGUUCACCGUCAUCAGCAGGCUGAAUACCUUCUUUUCUCUUUCAUUCCGGAACCCGUGAAAGGAGUUGCUGCGAUGGUUUGCUGGGCUCUCAGGAGAGCUGCCCAGGUGCGCGUCCACCUGGCGAGGAAGGCCAGCGGGGUCUGCCGAGGCCCUGAGCAUCAGGCCUCGGGCGCGAGGCCCGCUGCCCCGGAGCCCGCCACCCGGGGAGCCCUCGGGGCCCCGGGCGGCGCGGUGGAGCUGCUGGGCAAGUCCUACCCCCAGGAUGGCUACAGCAACCUGUCCCGCAAGGUCCUGUCCAGGGUCGGCAGGAACCUGCACAACCGGCCACAUCACCCGCUGUGGCUGAUCAAGGAGAGGGUGAAGCAGCACUUCUAUGCGCAGUACGUGGGCCGCUCGGGGACGCCUCUCUUCUCUGUCUAUGACGACCUCUCCCCGGUGGUCACCACCUGGCAGAACUUCGACAGCCUGCUCGUCCCGGCCGACCACCCCAGCCGGAAGAAGGGCGACAGCUAUUACCUGAACGCGACCCACAUGCUGCGCGCGCACACGUCCGCGCACCAGUGGGACCUGCUGCGUGCGGGGCUAGACGCCUUCUUGGUGGUGGGCGACGUGUACCGGCGUGACCAGAUCGACGCCCAGCACCACCCUGUGUUCCACCAGCUGGAGGCCGUGCGGCUCUUCUCCCGGCACCAGUUAUUUGCUGGCGUAAAGGAUGGAGAAAACCUGCAGCUUUUCGAACAGAGUUCUCGCUCUGCCCAUAAACAGGAGACACAUACCCUGGAGGCCACGAAGCUUGUAGAGUUUGACCUUAAGCAAACACUUACCAGGCUUAUGACACAUCUUUUUGGAGAUGGGCUGGACAUCAGAUGGGUGGACUGCUACUUUCCUUUUACUCAUCCUUCCUUCGAGAUGGAGAUCAACUUUCACGGGGAAUGGCUGGAAAUUCUUGGCUGUGGGGUGAUGGAACAGCGCCUGGUAAAUUCAGCUGGUGCUGAAGAUCAGAUCGGUUGGGCCUUUGGCCUUGGGCUGGAGCGGCUGGCCAUGGUCCUCUAUGACAUCCCCGACAUCCGCCUCUUCUGGAGUGAGGAUGAGCGCUUCCUGAAGCAGUUCUGCCUGCAGGACAUCAACCAGAAGGUGAAGUUCCAGCCUCUCAGCAAAUACCCUGCUGUAAUCAACGACAUCUCAUUCUGGUUACCUCACGAGAAUUACACAGAGAACGAUUUCUACGACUUAGUCCGAACAAUUGGAGGAGACCUGGUGGAAAAAGUUGAUCUUAUAGACAAGUUUGAACAUCCAAAGACACACAGGACCAGCCACUGCUACCGCAUCACCUACCGCCACAUGGAGCGCACGAUGUCGCAGAGAGAGGUCGGGCGCGUCCACCAGGCCGUGCAGGAGGCGGCCGUGCGGCUGCUGGGCGUCGAGGGCAGGUUUUGAUGUCGCCACCUCCCCGGCUGCGGCCCUCCCAGGGCCCCGGGUUUGCUGAACCAAAGAGAAAAAGAUACUGUUUGUGGGCGGAGGCAUCCGUAAUCUUGUGAUAAAUGGGUCAGUUUCAGGACUUUCAGAAGACAAAGGAUUGCUCUUGAGAAGCUGU